CGCCGAACAUUAGAAAGGUUUGGGGUUGAUUUAGGCUUCUAAUUUUUUUUUUUUUAAAUGCAGAAGUUACAUUUCUCCACUCUCAUCAGUCAUGGAUUGAAAUACAUUUUACACAUAACUGAAAGCAGCUUGCUAAACCCUGUGAUGAGUUUUGCAUUGUCAGACACAUAUAGAGAGAGAUACCUACAAAUUGAAGAAUGGACUUAAAUAGAAGUUGUGUUUUUCUAUUGAUCUGAUACAAGUGGGAAGGAAAAGCAUCACUUGAGUUUAAAAAGUGCCCCUCUGACACCAGUAAUACUAUCUGUUAUUGGAGAAUAAAAACAACCUGAGGUUUUGGAUUUUAUUUUCUUAUACCAGUAUAAAUAAGUAAUGUGGUAAGACAUAUUUUAACUGGCUUAGGAACUGGUUCCAGCUUUCUGGAUUAUUUGUAUACUUCAAUAUUUAAUUCCUUUUUAAAUCUUUUUUGUCUUUGUUUCGUGAACUACAGUUUUGUAGAAAAAAAAUACUUUCAGAUUAAUGAUGUCUACCUUUAAUUUUUACUUUUCUCUCAAUUCCAGUUGCUGUAAAGUUAGUCAAAUUUAAGAAGAGAUGGAGACAAUGUGAUGGUACAUAGAAUAGACUGCACAUAUCAGAAAGCUGUGUUUUAAUCAACAACUAUAAAAUUUCUAUGGUCUCGUUAGGUGCUACUCUACGUCUAGAAUCCUGUCUGAAUAAAAAUAGUGAUGCUAUGCUUUUCUGAGACAUUCAGCAUUGCAAGCUGACUUCUGUGGAAGCUGCAAGAUCUGAGGUGCUUUUGAAAAUCUUGCCAAAGUGUCAGAGGAGGAAAGCAAAGAUAUCAAAUUAUCACUAUGCUUUUAUCUUUUGAGGCAGGACUGUGGUGCACUAGGGAAGUGGCUUCAUUGCCAAACGGAUCAUCUUUCCUUUUAGAUCUCUCCCACCCCGUUCCUACCUAAUCCUCUUCUGACAAGAAAAAUACUGCAAUAAUACAAGUACCCUGAGAGCUGUGAGUGUAGAUCUGGGGUAUUAAAGAAAAUGUUUGCUGGUAGAACUAUGACAUGUGAUUGUGUGUGGUAAUGAUGACAUGUUGUGACUGCAUAAGUUUUAUAUAAAAAUGUUCUUUUAUAUUCAAAUGGUUGAAAGAUGCCGGAUGUCUGUUUUGGAGAGCUGAGGAAUGGGAAGGAAUGCUUUAUGAGUGUUUGACAGGUUAGGGAAGGGAGAGUUCUUCAGAUAUACUUCCUUUCUAUAGGAUGACUGUAUUCCUCAAUACUGCCUGUCACUGCAUCCUUACUGCUGCUCAGAAGAUACAGCUCUAGCCUGGGACCUGCUUGAACUGCCUGUGAACCACAUACAACUGAAGAACUACUGGUUGCUCAUCCUUGUCUCUUUUAUAGCCAGUAUGAAUACUAACCAGAGGCAAAAACUGUGUGAAGUGGGACUGAUGGGAAACAGCUGGUUUCUGAUACUGCAUAUGAACUCUUUGAGCAGGGAUUUAUUGCAGCUAAUAUUUAUGCAGGAUUUUUUAAAAGGUCUUUAGUUUGGUGUGCUAGUACCUCAUCAUUGAAGAGAAAACAACAUGACCUUCUGCUGCUUAGGUGUUUGAAAAAUGUGCAGUAAUUUUCUGCCCAGUAACAUGCCUUGGAAAAUUUGCCCAAAGUAAGCUUACAGGCAUUGUGUUUAGGAGAGGGAGGGUGUUCUGGCUUGUAAGGCAUAUUCAACAAUCAUUCUCUGCCUACCAGGCUAUUUUAGAAGUGUAGCGAUUGAAUUUUCUGAAAGUUAUGCUUCACUUUAGAAAAUACUGGAAUGUGUUUUUCUUGUGUCUGUGUCAGCUUGAGAGCUUAUCUCAAACAAAGAAUUUUGAAGAAGUAGGUCUUUAAAGAUUUGAAGGGAUGGGCUUUAGGGUAAACACAUCCUGCUUUUUAAAGAAACUGACAUUUGUGUCUUCGUGUGGUACUGCAGGUUUUUGUGCUUUCUGUGAUGAUGGGAAUUAGUUCCAAACCAGGCUGAUGAUCAACUGAACUGAGUCAACUUUUGUUGAGAUUUCCAAAGAUUUUGUUGAGAUUGCACAAGAGGUUUGAGGGAAAAAGUUUGGGGGCAUGUGACAGUUAAUCUCUUUAGCAGUAAGAAUGAAGUUUAAGCACACUGUUGGAAAUUUACUCAGUUCUGUGCUGCUCUUUGUUUUAAAUAACAAUCUCCUGCUUAGAUUGGGAGCGUAAACUUCUUUCCACUUUAGUCCAAUUAAAUCAUGCUUGGAAGCUGUCAGUGGUGGGGAGAACUCCGCCCUACCCCCCUUCUUUUAAUUGUUCAAUGAGUCUGUUGAAUAAUGAAAGAAUUUGCCUGACAGGGUUGUAGUGUUUCCUCGUCUUGAUGAAUUAUUGCAGAGGAUAAACGACACACUUUUGUCGAAAAUGCAUUGGAAUGACUCAUCCAAUUCCUCAGAAAGUGACAAUGAAGCUCAUUCAGCCUUUACACAGACUGAGCACAACAUAGUUGCAGCUUACUUAAUAACAGCAGGAGUGAUAAGCAUUUUCAGUAACAUUGUUGUGUUAGGCAUCUUUGUUAAGUACAAAGAGCUUCGGACAGCAACCAAUGCGAUUAUUAUCAACUUGGCUUUUACUGACAUUGGUGUUAGUAGCAUUGGUUAUCCCAUGUCUGCUGCCUCAGACCUGCAUGGAAGCUGGAAAUUUGGAUAUACUGGAUGCCAGAUCUAUGCUGCCUUAAAUAUCUUUUUUGGGAUGGCGAGUAUUGGUUUGCUCACUGUUGUUGCAGUUGACCGUUAUCUGACAAUCUGCAGGCCUGAUAUAGGAAGAAGAAUGACUACCCGUAGCUAUACCGCUCUAAUCAUUGCUGCUUGGAUAAAUGCAGUCUUUUGGGCUUCCAUGCCUAUUCUAGGCUGGGCUAGCUAUGCUCCGGAUCCAACUGGAGCAACGUGCACAGUAAAUUGGAGGAAAAAUGAUGUGUCCUUUGUUUCCUACACAAUGAGUGUAAUUGCUGUUAAUUUUGUUGUGCCCUUAACAGUCAUGUUUUACUGUUAUUACAAUGUUUCCCGGACAAUGAAACAAUAUGCCAGCAGUAACUGCCUGGAGAGCAUUAACAUUGAUUGGUCUGACCAAGUAGAUGUGACAAAGAUGUCUGUUGUGAUGAUUGUAAUGUUCUUGAUGGCAUGGUCUCCAUAUUCUAUUGUGUGUUUAUGGUCUUCCUUUGGAGACCCAAAGAAAAUUUCUCCUGCAAUGGCCAUAAUAGCUCCUCUUUUUGCAAAAUCUUCCACAUUCUAUAAUCCCUGUAUUUAUGUCAUUGCAAACAAAAAGUUUCGGAGGGCAAUCCUGGCAAUGGUGCGAUGUCAGACAAGACAAGAGAUAACUAUAAACAAUGCUUUGCCCAUGAGUGUAUCUCAAAGCGCAUUGACAUCAUAGAACUUCUGUCAUUUGCCUGCAUAAAUUACGUGGAAAGGAGUGAAAUCUGGAUUAAAGCUAAUUAAUCUUUUGGAAUAAUAAUCUGCCCCAGCCAGCUGUUUUUUGUUAGUCAUAGUAAUUCUUUUAG